GACUGCGUGCGUAUGCAUCGCGAACGACGCACUCUCGUUUUCCGCAGAGCCGGCGAAAUAGUGUCAAUGCGGAGGCACUAGCGCACAUGUCAAUUUCCGUCCCGGUUUCGCUGGUGUGCCCGGGCUGUUAUCAGUGAUAGUUGGCUGGCGUUACGACAUUUUUAAAUCUCACGGUUCCACGGUGUAGCGCGAGAGAUGAUACCGUCGAAUGAAAGUCGAUGGAUUUAUCGGAGUGCAAUCUAUUUUCGACGCUCGUGUCACGCAUUCUUUUUUCCCACUUUAUGGAAUUUGUUUUCUCUGUGUCUGGCUGGGUGUCUCCGCGGGCGCCGUUCACUUUCCACGAUGUUCGCUCUUUUAGCCGGCUUUUCGUGAUUGGACGCGGCUCGUUGAUAAUUGAAACGCGAUGUCACGGAAGAAAGACGCGACGCACGACGCGGCGAUCGAGUGGAGGGAUCCAUGGCUUGCACUGUUAUUAACUUUUCAUAUCGCUGUGACCAUGACAGCAGUUAUGACACGAAAUCAUGCUAAUUUUCAAAUAAUGUUAUUCCUCGUUCUUUUAUUAUUGGUAUACUUCUCUGAAAGCAUUAAUGAAAUGGCUGCUUCUAAUUGGAUGUUAUUCUCAAGGCAGCAGUAUUUUGAUUCCAAUGGACUUUUUAUAUCUGUAGUAUUUUCUGUGCCUAUCUUGAUGAAUUGUAUGAUAAUGAUUGCUAGUUGGCUUUAUCAGUCCAGUCAGCUAAUGACCAGUUUAAAGAGAGCCCAGUUACGACAACAGGCAAGGAAUCGGCAAAUAGAAGAUGAGUCUGUAAAUGCAAAUGGUACUGUUGUCAGGGAAAAGCAGGAGUAAUGUUUCUAGUCAUACAGCGGGAUAUGUAAAAAGAAAAAGAAGCGAGAAUGUACAUUACCAAAAAACAAGUUACAGCUUGUUUUUACCACAGCUCUGUGGUAUACAAUAGCAUUACUGAGAUUUGGUAAAUGUUAUUCCAUGAUGAUAGCAUUUUCUAAAAGGGUACUGAUGACUUAGUGAAAGCUUUCAUUCAUAUUGAAGUUGACAAAACAAACAGUUUUUGGUGAGCUGUACUUCCAAUGCAAUAUCACGUAUGUAUGAUGUAAUUAGUUAGAACAGAGAUAUGAAAUUUUAAGGUUAACUUAUUUCAUAAUUAAUUGAGCACUCAAACGUGAGAUUUAUGCAUACAAUUCUUGAACUACAAGGAAUUAUGUGAUCUCUGAAAGGAUAUUAUCUUAUAUUAAGGUACAUUCCGACGGUUCUUCAUUUUUAUUUUGAGGUUAAAAUGUUCGUUAUGACUUAAGGUAUUCUUAACACAUUACCAGAGUACUUACUACCGUAAUAUGUAUAUCGCUUCUUACAUAUAUUAUUAAAGAAAAAGAAAGAAAACGGCAUAAUUAGAUGAUUAUGGUUCUAGAUACAUAUAUGUAUAUGUAUGCAUGUAUGAGUGAAUGAGUAUACAAUUUCCAGAUAAAGAAAAAAACCGCCUUUUCGAUAGUCGUGUAUUGCACGCAUUUUUCGAACCAGUCAAAACAACCUUGCGUUGUGUAUUUGUGUAAAUCAAACCAGCAUUUUCUUGCCGUCGUUGUUUUUAAUGCGUGACUAAUCCGUUUAAAUAAUAAAUUAUUUUUUCCUAAAAUUGUAUUAAUUCAUUCCGAAUUACCAUCUGAAUUAUAUUCUAACUCAUAUAGCAAUUGCGACUGAAUGGGUUGUGAGAAACAGUAGACUUUCAAAAGCAUCUUCAAAGUCUUUUAGGAACUUUAACAAUUACAGUCAAUUUCUUUUUUUUACUCCAGUAUUCAUACUCUCACAAACAAGUUUAUUCAAAAGUUUUCUAAUUUGUACACUCUUCAAGGAACCUAAACAAACAACUACCUGCGCCCAAGGGAAUCCGCACAAAUUUCGAAUGAUGUAACCUGUAUUUAGAACCUUUGAAAAUCCGGUAACUGCCGCGCAUGCGCGUACCGUUGAGCAACCACCGAUUCAAGGGGUAGAUUUAAUGCGCAAAUCUGUUCGAAUUAAUUUACAACUUUACUUACUCUCCACACGAAUAAAAUUGUCAA